CACGGGACAGGCGGUCACUUGCAGCAUGUGCCUCCUGGCCAGCGCGGCGUUGCUCAUCUCGGGCGUCGUGCUCGUCGCCUACGGCGCCAUCUACGUCUCGUACCAUGCGCAGCGGAUGGAGAACGUCGCGGGCUUGCGCUUCGUACCCAACGCCGCCGCCAACCCGGCCGGCUACGCGGCCUUUCUCGCUUCGCCGACGCUGGGUGUCCAAGGCCUCGAGCCGCAGACGCGCAGCUAUUAUGUCUUCAACAUCACCAACAUCGACGCCGUCGUGGCGGGAACCGCAGUGCCACACGUUCAGCAAGUCGGUCCGUACGUCUACAACCAGACCUCUACCAAAAACAGCGUGCGCUUCAACGGUUCAACUGUCUCGUACAGCGUUGGGACGACCUUUGUCGAGGUUCCAUCGCGGUCCAACGGCUCGUCCAGCGACUUUGUGUACACGGUCAACACGUCGUAUGCGCGAACGCUCGCCAAGCUCGAAAACGCAGGCUUCUCGGAGCGUCUCCUCGUCGCGGCGCAUGCGCAGACGCAGCUGUCGGCGUACGUCGCCUACCUCGAAGGCCCGAUGCUCGCGUUCACCAAGCAGCGGCUCGCGCUGCCGUACCUCGCAACCAUGGCGCAGACCGUUCGCACCAACGCUCUGCCCUCUGCGCUGACAAAGUUCCAGGCCCAAGUGGCGUCGCAGACACUGCCGCAGAAUCUGUUGCGGCUGAUUGCAACGACGCGGCAGGCGUACAUCCCGACGCUCCUUCGACCCAUGUACGAGGCCUUCCUCGUCAACUAUGUGCCGACGACGCUGUCGAGCCACGUCGCGACGCUCCAAGUGCAGUCGGUGCCGCGCGUUCUCUCCAACGUCCAGGCGCGCCUCGCGGUCGAGGCGGUGCCGACGAUAUUGGCCCACCGUCAAGCGCAGCUGCGGUCGACCGCGGUGCCGGUCGUGCUCUCGAGAAUCCUCGACCGCCUGCCGACGUACAUUGCGUUCCCGUACUUUGCCCGGGACAUGAUGGAAGAAGCGUGCUUGGAAGCCGUGCCGUCGAUGCUGAGCACCCUCAAGGCCGGCGUGGUGCAAGCGUACAUCGACCAAGGCGCGUCCUCGGCCACCGCGCAGCAAAACACCGUGCUGCAGUGGCUCUCGGCGGCCGGUCCGUGGACGAAUCUCGAUGCGAUGGUCGGCGGCAACCCGACGGGGCAGCCCCGCUACGGCUUUGAGCUUCGUCCGUCGCUCGGUAACAUGGCGCUGAGCACCGACGUCGGUAACUUGCUCUUGGGAGCGACGACCAACCUCGACUUUUCGCUCUUGGAGUAUUCAGCCACGGACCCCACCCAUGGGUUCGGGCUAUGGAAACAGGUCGUCGCGAUGGACGAAGCGGCCAUCACCGCGCUCAUCGCCGGCGUCAACAACGAGGUCGCGCUCCCGGCCAACUAUAUCACACGGUCGCAAGUGCUUGGCGUCCGCGCCUACAUUCUGUCGUGGAGCAAAGGCGCGAUGCUGCACCGCGACCGUCAGCGGUACUGGGCGACGACGUACGCGCAGCGCACAGCGGGCAGCGCCAACGAGCCGAGCGUCGAUGUCGAUUGGGUCACGCCCGGCGUCCAACCCGGCUUUACGCUGCCAUCGACCAAUCUCGGUCUCUCGGACGCUCAGUGCGCCAAGCUGUGGGACGCGACGUUGGCGCCCUCGUUCUUGACGCCGACGGGGUAUGUGACGUGGACAUCCGCCGCAGCGUCCGACAGCGCCGCUGCGACCACGCUUCGAUCCACGUUUGGCCUCUCGUCAUCACAGCUCGACGGCGUGCUCGCGUGGAUCCAAGCCCUCACGUCCAACGCCAGUGUGAAGACGAAAGCGAUUCGCCACUGGGGCCUCGGUGGCACGUGCCCAACGCCGUUCAACAACGUCUCGAGCUGCGCGACGUACCAGCUCGAGCCAACUCUGGUGACAUCCGUAUCUGGCUGGGAGCUCCCCAACACGGCCAAUCUGGUGUUUUCAGAGGCCCUCGCCGCGUACCUCUGGGAUGCGACGCAGCUAUUCUCGUUUCUUCACCUUGCGUCGGGCUACAAUAGCUGGGUCAACGUCCUCCUCUUGCCGACGGGCCUGAGUAGUCUCACAGCGUCGCUCACGGCUCUCAACCUCGGCACGGUCUCGGAAGACCACGUGCGCCUGGUGGCGAUAUGGCUCCAGAGCUGGUCGCACCACCCGCUGCUUGCACAAGCCAUGGACCAGACGUGGCGUGACCCAGCAACGUACCCGUUCUUGCCGUCGACGACGCUUGCCUCGCUCACGACGUAUCAUGUCAACCGUCCGGCGCUGUCGGCCGCCGCUGCCGCGUACUUGAACAGCCCGAGCAGCGCCUACGCGGCCAUCAACAGUGCGGGGUACGCCGCGUGGAUGCGCUCGCCGUCAAGUGCUCAAGUCAGCGCGAUGCUCGCGUCCAUCAACGCGCAGCUGCCCGUGUUUUGCGCGCAGCUGCUCGGUGGCGCCAAUUCGGCCUUGUUUGCGACGCCGCUUCUCACCUCGUGUAGCGAUCUGACCACCGCCGACAUGACCGCACUCCAAACCUACGUCCAGAGUCAGCGAACCGACGCGUAUAUGCUGCAGGCGCUGCGCGAUCAAUGGCGCUGUGGUAUCGCCCAUUGGAACCUCGAGCCGUACCGGUCGGGGCUCCAAAUCGGGUGGGAGCUCUGCCGCAAUAGCUCGUGCAACCUGUCGCUGGUCAACGGCACGACCUGCGCCGUACCAUCCGCCGCCGCGAGCUUGUGGGACGCCGCCAACGCCCUCUCGUUCCUCAAUCCCGCCGUGUACCAGACGACGUGGCUGGCCGCACAGUCGUCGGACGCCGCAAUUGCAGCGCCCGCCAAGGCAACGAUCGUGGCGGGGCUUGGGCAGGCGUCGUGGCUACCGUGGAUGGAUGUCAUCUCGCAGUGGCUGGCGUCGUGGGCGACACUCGACUACACGAACCGGGAUGUUCUCGGUCUCUGGUUGAAGGCAGCGUGCACGGCUCCGACACAGGUUUCGCAGACGCCGGUGACGACGACGACGGCGACAGCGUCCUGCGUUCCGUCGACAACGACCACGUCCGAUGCGGUGCAGUACACCAACUUGGUUGUCGGUGGGCGGCCCACGACGUACUUCGUCUCCAACUUUGCCGAAACGAGCUACACCGAUACGCCCACCGUUGCGAUCUCGACAGCAACGACCGUCGUCACGUGCACGUCGACGACGACGACGACCACAGCAACGACGACGACGGUGACGAAUGGGCCGAUUUGCCUCCAUUCGGACGUCACGCCCGGCCUCCCUUUGCUUCAGCAUGGCUUUGAACUCGGCGCGGUAACGUCGACGAUCACGAUGACUUUGGUGCAGCAAUUCCUCUGGAACCCGGCGAACCCGGCGAGCUUUCUCAACAUGACGGCGCUCAACACGCUCUGGGUGCCGGCGGCCACCAACGCGACCAAGGUGGCCGCUCUCGCCGCGCUCCUUCCCGGCGCGUCACUGGCCGACGUCACUACGAUUGUCCAAUGGCUGCGCGCGUGGCGCACCAACCAGCUCAUGUCGCUCUUUGCCCAGACGCAGUGGAUCAACCCGUCGACGUCUCUGCCGCCCUUCAACCUCGAUCCGAGCGGUGCGACGAUCCAAACCGGUUUCGAGCUGCGGUUCACGUCCACAGAGGCGAGUACGUACCCGUCACUGGUGCAGGCGCAGUACCUCUGGUCCUCAGCGAGCGCCUACUCGUUCUUGAACACCGCGACGGGGUUUCCAACGUGGGUCCAGGCGUACGCUGGGCCGCUUCCGGCGUCGGAAGCCCUUGUCGAUCCGCUCGCACGGGCGCCAACGACGACGAGAACGACACAAACGGCCAGUGCAUCGGCGAUAGCAACGCUCCAGAGUGCCACUGGGCUCUCGGCGGCCCAGAUACAAACAAUCUCGAAAUGGCUCGUCAAUUGGGCCAACCACCCGUUUCUCUGGGGUGUCCUUUUAAGCCAGUGGGUGUCGAAGACAACCGUGUUUGCAUCGACGCCGUCGACGCUCAACCUUGCGGCACUCGAUGCCUCGGGCGCGAUGACGUCCCUGACAGGGUUUGAACUCGCGACGCCAACAAGCGUGACGUUCGCGCAAGCGCGGCAGCUCUGGAAUGUUGCCAACGCAACGUCCUUUCUCAACCCCAAUGUGCUGGUUCUGUGGUGCUUUUGCCACCCGCAGAUCACGGCAGCGUGCCCGCACCUCUCGGAUGCCACGGGGCAGCUCCCAGCGACGGCAAAUGCGUCGGCGGCGUCGGCUCUCACUCGAUUCGCGAGUCUCGCGCCGGGGUUCCAAAUGAGCAGUGCGCCCACCGCUGCGCUCGCCCAGACGUUUGUCUCACUCGCGACGGGUCUCACGCCCGCCGAUGUCACGACCGUAUCGCUCUGGCUGUUCCAGACCCCCCAAUCGUCGUUUUAUCAGUUCUUACUCCAGUCGCAGUGGGCGACCGCAGGGCUGCCACUCUAUCCAAAGAAUGCAGGGUACGAGCUCGCGUUCAUCUUCAACCUCACGGCCACAACACCCCGCAACGCAACGUCGGCGCUCCUUGUGCCCAACACUCCAACGCCAUGCGCCCCAAUUGACGCCGUCGUCGCCGCGCAACUGUGGCAGCCGGCGUCAACCACGUCGUUUCUUCACAGCGCCGGUCUCUCUGCGUGGCUGAGCGGUACCAUCGUCGUGCCAGGUCUCGCUGCGUGCCAGAAGACCCAGGUGACCAACUGGCUGCUCUCGUGGCAGGGCCACCCGUUCCUGCGGCAGUUGACCGAGUAUUCGUGGUACAGCACGCCGCUGCCCUGUACGCAGUCGCUUUUUGGAUGCGAGCGCGGGUUUGAACUGGCGCUGCCAACCAGUCUUCCGUCGCCGACGACGCUCCCGACGCUCGGUAGCAUCGCCGCCGUGGUCUGGGACGCGCAGUCGCCGCUUUCGUUCUUGCACCCUACUGGCGGUCUUCUCUGGAAGACGCUCCUCCUCGGUCCUUGCGGGUCGACCUUUGCCAACGGCACGUGUGCACCCGCGACCUUGGCGCCGGCGUCAGCGAGCUCGUACCUCGUGGGCCAGCUUGCCUCGGCGCUCGGCGUGUCCGUCAGCGACGUUCGCACUUGCGUCUACCUCAUUGGCCAAGUAUGGCUGCUUCAGUUGCUCGACAAUCCCGGGUUCGUGAGCUACGCCUUGGCGGCGACGGGCGGCGCACCGAGUCUGCUGGCGCUGCCCAUGCAGCAGUUCGUGAACGCGUCGGUUCUGUCGAUCAACGCGAGUGCAACCGACGUGGGCGUCGUCAGCCAGUUCGAUGCCUCCACGUACGUUCAGUGGAACGCGACGAGCCAUGAGUUUUUCAACGCGACGCAGCCCGCGCUGGCCGGCAUUCCCGAGCUGAGCGUCUACUGCGCCCGCGCGCCAAGCGUCUUUGGCGUCGCACCCAGCUGCGCACUCCACCAAAGCUACACACUCGACCACCUAACCGCCCAUGGUCUCCUGCAUGCCUUCAACGACAUGACCAUCGUUCGUAUCAACGGAGUCUCGGUCGCUCGCGGCGUCGUCGUCCUCGACGCGUUCUUGGCGCAGCCAUUCGAGUCGCCGGACGCGUGCGCGGCGGCGGCAUCCCGCAUCACCUCCAUCUUCCCGACGCUUGUCGCUUCGACGGCUGCUCGCUGCAGUAGCGUCGGUCCAAGCUACCUCUUGAUCCUGCCCGGCGUCGCGCCGCUCGAGCUGACGGCGGUGGCGCCGAUCCUCGAUUUGCAGGCGUACCUCAAAUACACGGCCACGACGUUUGGCUACGCGGCGAGUGGGGGACUCUAUGUGCAGACGUCGGUGGAUUCACUCCUGUGGCAGAACUCGGCCGCCCGACGCCUCCGCCCGACAGCGACGAUCACGCUCGCCAACCUUGGUUUCGGCACCGGCGAUGUGCUCACGACGGCCAUCACAGCCAACGUCUCGGACGCACCGACGAGCAAGGCGGUGCAGACGUACACCUUCAACACGGACACUCGCGCCGGGUUCUACGGCUGCCUCGUCGCAACCAACGGCGAGCUUGACGCCAACAACUGCACAACAUCGGACGGCUCGGUCUUUGCGCGAGGGGCGACGCCGUCGACGCUGACGUUGCGAUCGCAGUCGCAAGCCCGGGACGUCGAUUUCAAGUAUACCGCACAGAUCCCGUGGAUCGGCGUACCCACGCGGCGGUACGUGGAGGCCACUCCGGCGCUCACCAACGUCUCGCACCUCUACGACGACCUGCCAUUGCUGAGCUCAUCUCCCCACCUCCACAACGUGACUCCAACCGUUCCCUUUGCGACGGGGUUGGCGCCAAACGCCAAGAUGCACACGAUGCUACUGGACAUCGAGCCAAUCUCCGGCACGACGCUGCACCGACGCGACGCGUGGAUGCUCAGCAUCGCGACAGGCCCAACGUGGCUGUGGCACCAAGGCGUGCAGCCAGCGUACGUGCCACUGACGUGGGUCCUCCAGGAGCAAGCGAUCCCAUCGGCGUCCGCGAGCCUGUACCGGGAUCUCACGGCGCCAGGACCCAUGGCCCCGGAGAAGGUGGCCAUCUGGGAACUCGUGCUGGGCUUGGCGUUCGUCGGGCUCGGUAUCUACGCGCUGCGGCUCCUCUCGCGCGCAAGGUACAAGGACACGCUUCUGAUCAAACCCGUGGCCGAGAUGCCACCGAUGCUCAGUGAGGCGGACGUACACGCGACCGACGACGCGCUGCCCGACAAGACCAAGGCCAUCUAAUUGUUGCAGUCGUGAUCUGCACUCGAUCGACUAUCAACUUGAUACUUCACUCGAUACAAACACUCGUGUACAAUCAUCUACUUUUUUCAUUAAAGCAGCCCAAAGCCUUCGGAUUGCGUGAUCGC